UGAAUACAGCCAUCAGGCACGGCGAGGCAAUUAAAGCAAUCUCAUUUGUACAACAAUCACAAUCAUAUGGUGCAAUCCGGCAUUUUGCCAUCAAGCUGUUCGACGCACAAAGAAAUUUGUGUACGUGUGCGUACAUGAACAGAGAAUAUGCGAGAAAGAAAAUGACAACAAAGAGAAAGCAAACAAAAAUCUUACAUCUUAAUACCGUCAAACCUGGCCGGCUUUUAACAGCUGUUCGCGUGAGACCACCUAUUUCUAUCCGCCUUGACGCCACACAUAAAAAAUAUACGGUAAAUUGCGUAUACCAAUUAUAUACGCUAGUAACGCAUUUAAACGUACGUUACGACGGCAUCACUAAUUAGAUAUGUUUUCAUGCUCUAUGUGAUGUCCCCAUUCGAAUCCACUAUACAAGUUUAAGUUUUUAUCCAAAUUAAAGUUAAAAUAGUUUAAAAUGUUAUCAAGUCUUCCAUCUAUUGAGAGUAGAGAGCGAGAAGAGAAAGCGUUGAUAGACCAAAUAUUGCACCACAAACUCGCAGUGUAAACGGAACAAACAAAACAUUUCAUCGAAAGUGCAUAAACAAAAGUGUGCGCGUUUGUGUGCUAAUAUUGGUGUUAAAACAAACGACGACGGCGACUUUCAACAGUUUCUUCUAUAUUUCGCCCAGAACAGCGACAGCGGAGAUAAACAACAAAAGCAUAUUUUUUUGAGUUAAAUUCCAGGCCUUUUUCAUCAUGAAAAUAACUGUUACCACUACAACGACCGAUAAGGUAUUCUUCCUCGAUGUGGCCGAAGACUUGGAAUUGGAGAAUUUCAAAGCAUUUUGUGAGGUUGAGUCCGAUAUUUCGGGCUCCCAAAUGUUGGUUAUCUUCAAUGGCAAACCACUGAUGGACAACAAGCAACCAUUGAAAUUUUUCGGCAUUAAGGAUGGCGAUUGUGUGAUCUUGCAGAAACGAAACGACCUUAGGCGUAGCCACGACACGGGCAAUCGUCCACCUCCGGUUCGCAUGGAUUUGGAUGAGGCUGCCAUACGUGAUUUAGAUUUCAGCAAUAUAAAUAUACCCAGCACUAGCACAGGCAACACUUCAGCUGUAACCGGUUUACCGGGAGGCAGCAUGUUUUCACUGCCCUCAGCAAGUGGGUCGAUUAACUACAACGAUUCCGAUGAGUUCAAUGUCAACUAUGAUGAUGAUCCAGCCACGGUGCGUAAUAUGUUCCUUGAAAAUCCCGAAUCCAUGGCUUUGUUAAAACAAAAUAAUCCGCGUUUGGCUGAUGCCUUGCUUUCGGGUAAUCUAGACACUUUCAAGACAAUUUUGAAAGAACAAAUUGAUGCCCGCAAAGAACGUAAUGCGCAGCGUUUGCGCAUGUUAAAUGCGGAUCCCUUCGAUGCAGAGGCCCAACGUAUGAUUGAAGAGGAAAUUAAACAGAAAAACAUACAGGAAAAUAUGGCUGCAGCUUUGGAAUUUAAUCCGGAAAUUUUUGGAACAGUUAUAAUGCUUUACAUUAAUUGCAAAGUAAAUGGCGUCCCUGUAAAGGCGUUCGUGGAUUCUGGUGCACAAACCACGAUAAUGAGUUCAGCAUGUGCAAAACGUUGCAAUGUCACACAUUUAAUUGAUACAAGAUGGAGUGGGAUUGCCAAAGGCGUCGGCACACAAAGAAUUAUUGGCCGAAUUCACAUGGUUCAGCUGCAGAUUGAAAAAGACUAUUUAGCUUCGAGUUUUUCAGUGUUGGAACAGCAACCUAUGGAUAUGUUGCUGGGUUUGGAUAUGCUCAAACGGCAUCAGUGCAAUAUCGACUUACAGCGCGAUGUACUGCGCAUUGGUACAACCGGUACGGAAACCCCAUUCUUGCCCGAAAGUGAAUUACCCGAUUGUGCCCGCCUAUCCGGCAACGCCGACGAAGAACUGAAAGUUAUGGAACAAUCGGCCAAUGACUCCGAAGCUAAGGCCAUCCAAGAUGCCAUCGAACAAAGUAAACGGGAGGCUGGUGGUGGUGUUGGCGGAGCCUGCCCUGCCGCCUCAACAUCCUCCGCAAGUUCAGCAAUUUCUGCCGGUGAUAAUUUCAACGAAACGGAUAUAGCCGAUCUCAUUAAAAUGGGUUUUACACGAGAGGACGUAGUACAUGAAUUACGUCGCUGUAAUGGUGACAAAACCCAAGCUAUGGCGGGGCUCUUGGCAAAAUCUUUAAAAUUUUAGAAGGAGCGCACCUUAGCAAACCUCAUCCCUAAAACACAUACUCACACUUGGUCGAAGUUAUAUAUAUAGCACGCUGGACGCGAAAAAAUCAGGAAAAUGGAACCUUUUUGGCGGUUUUUUUUAUAUAAAGUUAAAUUCCAAUUUUUUUAAAUGUAUUUUGGCCUAUGGCCUUUUAAACUCGAAAAGAUAGUAAUAAAACGUUUUUUUAAUGGAUAAAUGAUUUAA